AUCAACAUAAUUAUGUGUUGUGAAAUUUGGACAAAUAACAAUAGAGUGUUUUAUACAGAAAGAAAAAUGCGGCUCUUGAGUUUGGUGUUCUGUUUGGCACUUGGGAUCCUGCGUACCCAGACAUCCAGAGGGAAGCAGGCAGUUGUGGAUCCUGAAACAAAUAUGAAUGUGAGUGAAAUUAUCUCUUACUGGGGGUUUCCUAGUGAGGAAUACCUAGUUGAGACCGAAGAUGGAUAUAUUCUUUGCCUCCACCGAAUUCCUCACGGGAGGAAGAACUAUUCUGAUAAAGGUCCCAAACCAGUGGUAUUCCUGCAGCACGGCUUGCUGGCAGAUUCUAGUAACUGGAUCACAAACCUACCCAAUAGCAGCCUGGGCUUCAUUCUGGCAGAUGCUGGUUUUGACGUGUGGAUGGGCAACAGCAGGGGAAACACCUGGUCUCGGAGACACAAGACCCUUUCAAUUUUCCAGGAUGCCUACUGGGCCUUCAGUUAUGACGAGAUGGCAAAUUAUGACUUACCAGCUUCAAUUAACUUCAUUCUGAAUAAAACUGGCCAAGAACAAUUGUAUUAUGUGGGUCAUUCCCAAGGCACUACAAUAGGUUUUAUAGCAUUUUCACGGAUCCCAGAGCUGGCCAAAAAGAUUAAAAUGUUUUUAGCCCUGGGUCCUGUGGCUUCAGCCCAGUUCUCUAUUGGCCCGAUAACUAAAUUGGGACGAUUUCCAGAUUUUCUCCUUAAGGACUUAUUUGGGACGCAACAGUUUCUUCCCGAGAAUGCAUUUUUGAAGUGGCUGAGUCUGCAUGUGUGCAGUCAUGUCGUCCUGAAGGAGCUUUGUGGAAAUGUCUUUUUUCUUCUGUGUGGAUUUAAUGAGAGAAAUUUAAAUAUGUCUAGAGUGGCUGUGUAUAUGUCACACUCUCCUGCUGGGACUUCGUCACAAAACAUGAUACACUGGAGCCAGACUUACAAGUUGAAAAAGUUUCAAGCCUUUGACUGGGGAAGCAGUGCCAAGAAUUAUUUUCAUUACAACCAGACUAACCCUCCCGCUUACAAUGUGAAGGACAUGCACGUGCCUACUGCUCUGUGGAGCGGCGGUCAGGACUGGCUCGCGGAUGUCAAUGACGUCAGCAUCCUACUGACCCAGAUCACCAACCUGGUGUAUGACGAGUGCAUUCCGGAUUGGGAGCAUCUCGACUUCAUCUGGGGCUUGGAUGCCCCUUGGCGGCUCUAUGAUCAAAUGGUGAAUCUAAUGAAGAAGUACCUGUGAAAGCCAGAUGGAGAAAUCUACCAUCAAAUCAAUGAUGGAAUCAUGUUCAAAAUAUGUUGACUUCAUUUCUCUAAAAUACUUAUUUUUCUUUCCUAGGCCUUUUGUAUUUUUAUAUUCAAGAAAAUUAUGAUGUUGAAGAUGCCCAUUUCUCCAGUUAGGGUUAGAAAUGCACUCACUUUUUUGUUUGUUUAAUCAUGGCCAAAUGUGCAGCUCGUGUCUUAACCGUAGGGAAGUUUAAGUCUUCUAAAAAUAUCAUUGACUUGUGAAAGGUCAUAACCAUUCUGAUUAUCCAUAAAAUUUAAAAUAUACUGUAUUGCUUUUUUUACGCCCAUGCAGGACACAUUGACAUCUAUGUUGGAAUUUUCAAACUGUGUUGUUCAUUGGUAAAUAAUCUGACACUGACUUGAGGACAGCUCAGUAUAUAAGUACCCUGUUCUCAUCUCUUGGCCUUAAAAGGCUCUCCAGGGGAAUGGCCCUGCAUUUAGGGAUGUAAACAACACUGGCACUUAUUCAUGUUCUCACGCACUAAGUGCCAAGUCCAAUCCAGUGACACACCGGUUGUUUUAGUUAUAAAGAUUCUAUAAUGAAUUUUAUCAAAUCUAUCAGCAAGUGUUUAAAUUGCUCACAUGAAGCAAAAUAAUUUUCUGGAGUCCUCAGAAAUAAAUUCCGCUCAUUAAAAAACAACUGUAUUUUAAAUACUUGAAGACUGAUAAUGCAGCCAUUCAUAUUCAUGAACUCUUCACUGUGAGGCAGGUCAUAAACCCACUUGUUUGAAAAGAAAGGUCCUGUGGAGAGGUGAUACCACUGUUUUUCCUGAAAUUAAUGUACUCUCUUAACCAGCUGCUCUAGCUCAGCAAUGAGACAUGUGAGGCAGAAGCCUUGAGGCUGCCCAUGAGGAGUGUCCUAAUUCAUUUCCACACAAGAGAAAUGUGACUAUGAACGCUUUCAGAUUGCAGCUCAGGGAAUCGCUUUGUUUUUUAGUUUUGUAUGUGUACAUGUUUUACUCCUGAUUUGCGUUCCUGUGUCAGGAAGCCCGUGUUCACUUGCUUUUCUUAUAGCCUUGUUUCCUUUCAGUACUGUCAGGUGGACAGAAUAACAUUGAUACGUGGUUCUGAUACAGUUACUUCAGCUGCAAUAAUAAACAGUACUUGGCAUUGGCUAAUAUGUGGAGACAGCAUACUACUACUUUGUAAUAUAUAAAAAAUCUCAUUUAAACUUUUCAAUAAAACUCGGUGAGCCUCAUAGACUUGACAGA